GAGGAGGCCAGAAAGUUAGAAUCCUUCUUCUCAAAACCCUCGGUUUCCAAAGAUUGCAGAAGCCCCAGAGCCUGUAAUGCUUCAACAACACUGAAGAAUCAUCUUCCACAGACGCAUGUUAUCCGUCUCCACGGACGAAAAUGUUGAGAAGGAAACUAUGUUCACUGAUGGCAACUUCCAUCCUCAACCGUUCUUCAUUCCAUAGCACACCCAGAUCGAUCAUUUCUUCAGCUCCACCAGCAAGAUUCUCUCUACAGCUCGUGCCAGGACCUAAUGGAAUUCGUAGUUUCGACGGAGUGUUUCAAGGUCAGGGUGCGAGGGCUUAUAGCCUUCUGAGUUUGAAUGAUCUGAGGGACAACAAGGGGGCGAGGAAGCAGAAGACGAGGAAAGGCCGUGGGAUUGGGUCCGGGAAGGGGAAGACGGCUGGGAGAGGCCAUAAGGGUCAGAAGGCGAGAGGGACUAUGAAGUUCGGAUUCGAAGGCGGCCAGACGCCUCUUCGGCGCCGCUUGCCGAAGAGGGGGUUUAAGAAUCCCUUUAGCCUCACAUUUCAGCCUGUGGGAUUGGGAAAGAUUGCAAAACUGAUAAAUGCUGGGAAGAUAGAUUCAUCGGAGUUGAUAACAAUGAAAACUCUGAAGGAUACAGGGGCCAUAGGGAAACAGAUAGGAGAUGGAGUCAGAUUGAUGGCACGGGGUUCUGAACAGAUAAUGUGGCCCAUUCAUCUUGAGGUUUCAAGGGUGACUGUUAGGGCAAAGGCCGCAGUUGAAGCUGCCGGUGGGUCAGUGAGGAGAGUGUACUAUAACAAGCUUGGGUUGAGGGCACUGCUCAAGCCCGAGUGGUUCGAGAAAAAGGGCAGGUUGCUGCCUAAAGCGGCUAGGCCUCCUCCAAAACAAAGAGAUAAAGUUGAUAGCAUCGGGCGCCUCCCUGCACCGACCAAGCCAAUUCCAUUUACUCCAGAAGAAAAGGAGGCUGUGGCUAGUGCAUCUCCCUCAUGAGGCUGGUUUCUGUUGAGAUUCUGUUGAACAUUGAUUCAUCAGCAUGUGACAGAUUUUGUUCUGCUGAUGAAAUUACAUAAUGUUUGGGUUCUUUUGGCUCCUUAGAUGAUCAAGGAAAGAAAACAUGUGGUGGCAAAGUCUGAAAAUAGAAAGGUGUCUUUGAUGUACUGGUGGACCUGACACUCAUAAGCCCUAGAGGAAGUUUUACCUUCUUAGAUUGAUACUGAGUUUCAUCGUCUUUCUUUCUUUCUUUAAUAUUUAUAUUCUUUUUGAGGGUUUUACCUUUGUUGUGUUUUAAUCAAUGUCCUUCAAUGGAACUGAACUUGAAUCAAUCAUGAGCUCCAAGGUAUUUGAUGAAUGAAGUUAUGGGAGCACCUGGUUCCUAUGUUGUAUCAAGGGGAAGGUAAUGCUAUUACUAUAUAACAUGAGUUGGCCUUUGUGAUU